AUGUCUCUCCGCAUCGCCCCAGCCGCCGCCCAUCCCUCCCAAACAAACCCACACAACUCCGCCCCCUCAGCUCCAGGCGUCCACGACACCCUCCGCGCAAAUCUCGGCCUCACCGCCGCCAUCAACCCAUCAUCCUCGCAAGACCACCUCCAACCGCUCCAGUCCUCACAUCCGCUCGAGGCCCGCCUCACCGCCUGGCGCGCCACCCAAGACAACCUCAAGAUGCAGAUGCUCAGGCGCCAAUACGGCAUCGCGGAGCCGGUACGACGGGGCAUGGAGAUGAAGAUUGUGCAGGCGGGUGAGUGGAGGCCCGCGGCGCUUGGGGCGAGUGCUGGGGUGCACAGUGAUAUUCUGGCGGGAAGGGAUGCUGAGGUUGGGUGGGAGGAUGUGUUUACUACCGGUGCUGAGAUGCGGGAUGGGCCGGAUUUCCAUACUGAGAUGGAGCACAAGUUGAAGAUGCAUUCGUAG